AUGGACGACACGCCCAGCAACGUCUCGAGCCCUCUCAGCGACGUCGAGGACCGGGAUGCAGACACCGAAGACGUCGAUCUAGACAUGCGCGUCGAGGGCACUUCCCACGACACGCCGAAGCGAAAUGGCACGACUGCUGAUGACGCCGAGUCUGCCGCUGCGUCUGACACCGACGACAGCAAGCUGUCAGAAGUCGAUGUCAACGAUUCAGAGGCCGAAACAGAGAGGUUAUACGAUACACCGCGCAAGAAUAGCGCAGCGCGGGCAAUUGUGAACCCCGCUGGUGGUCGGCGGUUUACCGACCGUCGUGACCGGGGCUUUCAGCCCAGUCCCAGCAAGUUGCAGCAGCAACUGAAAGCCGACGGCGAUGCAGAAGAGAUCGCUAGCGGCCAUAACACAGGGACUGAGGCAGAACAAGAAGAUGGCGACGACAUUUCAGCAGCGUACACUGACACCGACGACGAUGGUGGCAAGAAGGCCCAGCCACCACGAUCCUCGCCGACCCUAGUGAAGAAGAGCCAACCAGUUUCUUCCGCAGAUACCCCUGCACCUCAAGCGAGCCGAAAGAACUCAGCCGACUCGCGGAAACGCAAGCGCUCGUUGGUUACCGAACAAUCCGACUCUGAACAGCCAUUGAAGAAGCGGAGCCCCGGUGAGGUCCCCGACCGUGAACUGGACGCCGAGGAUGUGCCGAUGGCCGACGACGAUGGUGUAUCGACCAACCCACAGAGUGGCGAACACACCACAGAGGAAGACGACAACGAGGUAACGACCGAGGCCAAGGAGGAGGAGCUCCCCGACCAGACCGAGGAGGAGACAGCACCUAGCAAAUCCAAGAAAGGGAAGAAGAGCCCGAAGAAGAAAAAGAGCAAGAGCCCAGAGGAGUCCGUUGCCCCGGAGGAGGCGCCAGAUGAACCGCCUGAAGAAGCCGACACACAGAGUCUCGAGGUUCCCACCCCGACAGAGGAUGACCAAGCCGAAAUCGUCGACGAAGACGUCGAAGCAGCACAACGCAAUGAGGAAGAGUGUAUGGAGCGAGGUUCCCUGGCACGGAGCUUGGCAGCGACUAAUGACACAGCAGUGGAGAGGAAGAAGGCUGCUUGGGAUGAACUGGUUGCCAUUGAGAAGCAGUUCAGCAGCUUCCGGGAGCGACUUUACCAAGAGCGUCUUGAGCAACUGAACCAGGAAGAAGCGAUGCUGACGAGCGAUCCCCCGACUCACCCGGAGUACCUCGCCAUGCUUCAAUGCUUGGAGGAGCGACGUCAGGAAAAGAUCAGACAAAGUGCCCUGGAGCUGCAGUUCAAGCUGGCUGUUCUCCGUCGCCGGGCUGUUGCCGAGCGCGCCCAGAUCAUGGCGCAGUUCUAUCAAGCUGUGCGUGAGUCUAGGGAAAAGGCGCUCGAGGAACUGGGCCAGGAAUGGUACGAAAUCCAGCAGGAGCGUCGGCGCGCUGCCACUACCGUCCCGGACUACAGCCUCCACUUCCCGUCUACCCGUGCCCAGGCCAUCAGGAACGCGGUCGCGUACAACAAGGAGGUGUCCAUCCUCUCCGGAUUCGCCAAGCACGUCGGAUUCCCUGCGGCUCCGCCUAUUAACGGCAUCUCGGAGGACGAAGCCGAAGCCGAUCUCGAGCUCAUCAAGAGCGCCCGUGAGCCCGCGCCUAGCCGACCCCCGAUGCAUCACCACCACCAUCAUCAUCACCAUAAUCAUCAGCCGACACACCCUGGUUUCCGCCCGGAUUAUGCGGCUAGCUUGUCCUACGAUAAGGGCCUCGGCCCGGCCGGCGAGCAGUUCAUUGAGCAGACGCCCUGGGCGAACCCGAAUCAUCCUGUCCAUCGCCAGCAGCAGCAGCAGCAGCAGCAAGCGGGGCAUCACCCACAGCCGACGUAUGCGCCUUCAGGUCCGGGUUCGGCAGUGCCGAGGAGACCGCCUAAUUACCCGUCUGGGAGUGGCGGGAUGUAUGCCCCGCCGCCGCCGCCGCCGAAUGGUGGAUACAAUGGUGACUCAGCGCCGACGGCGCAUAUGCCGAAAGCGCAUCACCCCACGGCGGCUGGACCUGAUGCGUAUAAGGCGGCGAAGCCGGGCAUAGCUCCGGAACCGCUUAGGAGGGAACCUGCGAUCCAUGCCUCAUGA